GUGCCGGGGGGCGCCUCCUCUGCGCUGGGUGCGGCGAGGGCGCCCGCGCCUCGGCAGCCUUACGUGAAGUCGCCCAGGAGAGCGCGAGACGUCGGCGGGGAGCUGCCUCGGCUCAGGUUGAUAUUGGAAGUUUUCUGGUUAUUAGAAAUUGAAUGUAAUGGCAGCAGAAUUUAUAAAGAGUUGCUGUAGAGGAUGUUUCUAUGGUGAAACAGAAAAGCACAAGUUUUCUGUGGAAAGGGACUUUAAAGCAUCAGUCUCAAAUAGCCAAAACAUCAUUUGUACACCUCCAUUAACUUCUGUUUCAGUAAAGCCCCAAGUUGGCUUUAGUGAGGAUUAUUUGCUUUCCAAAUUACCAUGCGAUGGCAAAGAAGUACCAUUUGUGGUGCCCAGGUUUAAAUUAUCUUAUAUUCAGCCUAGAACACAAGGAACUCCAUCACACCUGGAUGAACUAGAAGGAUUUGCCAGAGCAUCUUUUGGAGAUCAAAAGGCAGAACUUUGCAGUUCAUUCUACCAUGGACGAAGCUAUGAUGUAUAUAAUCCGUGCUAUAUGUAUCAGCACUUUUCACCUGAUUUAAGUAGGCACUUUCCUCCUCAUUUUGAAACAAAAAAAAAGUAUGGAUCUGAACUUGAACUGGGGACUUGUUUUCAAGCAGUAAAUAGCAGGAUUCAGCUGCAAAUUCUUGAGGCACAGUACCUUCCAAGUUCAUCAACACCUUUGACUUUGAGUUUUUUUGUGAAGGUGGGGAUGUUUAGCUCAGGAGAACUGAUUUAUAAAAAGAAGACACGCUUAUUGAAGGCAUCCAGUGGAAGAGUAAAAUGGGGAGAAACUAUGAUUUUUCCACUUACGCAGACUGAAAAAGAAAUUCUUUUCCUUAUUAAACUUUAUAGUCGAAGUUCUGUAAGAAGAAAACAUUUUGUAGGCCAGCUCUGGAUAAGUGAAGACAGUAAUAAUGUUGAAGCAGUGAACCAAUGGAAAGAGACAAUUACAAAUCCAGAAAAGGUUGUUAUCAAGUGGCACAAGUUAAAUCCAUCUUGAAGACUUCAGACAUUAAUUUAGUGAAGAAACAACUUGAAAGUCUUUUAAAAGAAACAUAAUUUCAGUUUUCUAGAGAUUGUAAUACAUUCUAUCAAGUAUACAAAAUGAAUGAAAUGUUUUAAAAUGGUGCCAAAACAGAUGAUAAAAUAAAAUGUAGUUUAUUAGGCCAACUAAAUAGAUUUUAGAAUCUAUGAAAAUAUCAAUCCUAGAUAGGUUUUUCUGUAUUGGUUUUGCUUUUGUUUUGUUUUUGUGCUUUGUAAACUUUAAUUUUAAAUACUGAAAGCUUACUUUUCAAGUAAACAAACCCAAGUCUUUUGAGGCUCUAAAGUAAAUAUAGAAUGUAUAGAAAAAAUAAGGAACAACUGAGCAAGCAACUGCUGGCAAUUCUUCAGCAUUUCUCAGGGCACAUUUAACAGACCAGCAUCUUCUGAGUGGCAAGGACUGCAGAACUGUCCACAUGGCUGUAAUCCUUUCAUUAUCUUGUACUAUUGGACUUCAAUGCCUGGCACACCAAUCCCUCUUUGUACUAUUAGGCAUUUACAAGAAUUUACCCCUUUUCCAGUGCUAGGAAUAAUUGAUUAGAUCCUGAUUACACUGUUCAUCUCUUUAUAUGUAUUUUUUUCAGAGCAAAAAUGAAUAGAACCAUUUCUACUGAUUUUUUUAAAAAAUUUUUUUUAUUUGAGGAAAGUUGGUGCCCUGUGCUUAUAAUUUCUUAUCUAUAAGUCAUUUUAUGACCAUUUUAUAAGCUGAUUAUCUCCAGGAGAAUUUGAGAAUUAUUUACAUUUUUCCAAGAAUAAAUAAGGCUUGGAGCUACUAGGAUGUCUCAGUGGAUAAAGGAGCUUGUCACCACACCUGAGUUCCAUUCCUGGAACUCAGCAUGAAUGGAAGGAGAACUGAUUCCUUUAAUUUGUUCUCUGAAAUCCACAUAUUAUAUGUCAUGGCACACAUAUGUAUAC